GCGCAGAGGUUUUAGAGGUAGGCCUUCAGGAAGACGACGUCAUGGAUGAAUUAAAGCGUCUGAGUGAUUUAAAGUACGAGGAGUUUUUUAGAGAUUAUAUGGAGGCCAAUCAGCUCUGCAUUUUUUCUAGCGAGCUUACCAAACAUUGGAGAAGUCGGAAGGAAUGGGUCAUAAACGGGAGGCCAAAUUUUGGCUUUUUCAUGAAAGAAUUUGGUAAUUCAGCUCUUAUAUUGAUGUUAGCUCAACAUCUCAGAGAAGUGAACCGGCUUUUGUACCAGAUUUUUCUGUUUUUCUAAAUCAUCAGGACAUACUAAUCCCACAAGUACUCCUACCCUCCUAAUCCCUCUUCUAUGCCUCCCCCUCUCCCUUCCUCCUCCCCUCCCCCCUCCCCCCUCCCCUCCCCCUUUGCCUGUUCUUUCUUACCUUCCUUGUUGCCCAAUGGUGCUGGGGCGCUGUGGAAAACUACAUGAUCUUAGGUGUGACUGUUAAAGUUUUUGAAGAGAGUAUGUGAACAACUUAAGUGUAUCUGUAGAGGGUUUUUUUUUUCUCUAUUUCAGGGCAUCCUUUUUUACAGCCUAGAGCUUUUGAUGACAGAGGGUGCACUCAGUGUUUAACAUCUAAAUUGUUCAUACCUUCACUUACCUUAAAAGUCUAAAAAAAUAACAUUGCUCUGUUUUGCAGGCACUAAACUCAUCCAGAUGGCUAAUUACCACUUAUUGGUUAUGUGUUUUGUACUGUAGGCCAUGCUGUAGCACCUGUCGCUAACUGUUGUCAAGAAAAAUAUGGCAGUCAAGUCAAGGAAGAGAUGCCAGUGAAAGAGUUUUGUGACUAUUGGAAAAACAGAUCGGAAGGUAUACUCUGCCAUUUUAAUUGUUGAAUACGAGACAUGACGUUCCCAUGAGAGUAUACUUUUUGAUGCUAGACAAAAAAGGUCUCUAAGUGAGGGGGGCAUUGAGUUUUUUCAUUGCUUAUUUUUUAAAUCAGCUGUCAUGAUAUGGCUUGAAAAUCUUACAGUUCUGAUACCAACCUCUUAUUUCGGUAUUUAGGAAUUAAAACUGAAGAGUAGUGUUUCAGUUAUACAAGUUUCUGUAUUUUUGAAGAGGACACAAUUUGAAUCUUAAUAACUUUAUUGAGUUGGAAGUAAAAGCACAUUUUUUUUGUGUGUGAUUAAAUACCUUUGUUUACACUCUUUGCAAUUCCAAUGGAGUGCAUCUGUAUUUUUGUUGUAAUCAAUAGGUGGCGAUGACUCCAGUCAAAUACUCUAUCUUAAAGACUGGCACUUUUGUAAGUAAGUCUAUUCACAUUUCGCUGUCUGUAUCAUUAAUAUUGUAAUAUUUUGAGUAAAAAAAAUUGUCCUUUUAGUUAGUCAUUGGAGAUCAAGAGUUAUUUUCUUUUCAGAUUUAAAUAUUUUUUGUAGGCUUUCACUCACUCUAUGUAUAAUAAACUCACAAAAAAAAUUAAAAACUGGAUGUCAUGUUGGAUGAAAUAGCUUAUUUUCUUAUCAGUUAUUGUCGGUUUUGUUGUUGUAAGGGUACAGAUCUUAGGAAAAGUCCGAGAUGGACUUUGACAAGGGGUAAAAAAAGCCUUUUUCAAGAAAUCUUUUGCUGAAUGUUCUUUUUAUAAUGGUUUAUAUGACAGGGCUUUUCCAUCAUACAAGGCCUAUGAAACACCAGUCUAUUUUAAAUCUGAUUGGUUGAAUGAGUUCUGGGACAAGCGUUCUGAUGUGUCUGAUGACUACCGCUUUGUAUACAUGGGUCCUAAAGGCAGCUGGUGAGGUGAUAUGCUUGACAUUGACUUUUCGUUUAGAGAUUUUAGCAAGAAAAUAACAAAAGUAGACGAACAGUGUUAAGCGAGAAAUGACUCAGGCAAAUUAAGAAAUGGUAAGCAACGGCAUGCAACCAUUGAGUUAUGGAUGCACGCAGGAGAUUGCGAAGCACGAAGUAAGAGUCGCACAAGGUGACUUGGGAACUGAGGUUUUAAAUGCAGUUAAGAGCAAUUUAAGGGAGUUAACAACAAAGAGCAUCCAUUCAGCAUUCUCUUGCAAUCAGCCUUUUUUUUUUUACACAUGCGCAUGUGUUGGAAUUCCAGUUGCUCCUUAUUUGAAGCAUUCUUGCGUUUACUAUGAGUGUGAACUUUCAGUGUUGUUUGGAGUGGCAGCUCAUCAUCUGGGCAGUUUUCCUCACCCCUUCCCUCCCUGUUUACACUGCUUUAUCAGUGUGUUGGGUGUCUGUUGCCCUUUCCAGUAUGGGGGCUCAUAGCUGGGUUGCCAGGAUUUGCCAGCCAUGGGAGCAGUCUCCAUUUAGGAGCUAGCUGCCAAUAGUGGAAGCUCCUGGAAAUCUCAUGCACCAAACCUCCACUUAACAAUGUAGUUGUUGAUGGGUAAUUAUACUUGCUUAUUUUUGUUUUUGUUGAUGUUUUCAGGACUCCUUUUCACGCAGAUGUCUUCAGGUAUGCUUCAUCUAUGAACAGUUGGCGUUUCACUUGGUUCAUGUUGUCAUUUUGUCUUUUCAUGCAACUCAUAUUCACACAUUGCUCAUGCCCUUUGACUUCCAGUAUGUUAAUGCAUGAUUCGACUUCUGGUAUACCAUGCUACUCAUUUUCACACAUUGCUUACCACUCUCCACUUCCGGUAUGUUAAUGCAUGGUUUGACCUUUGGUGUGUUGAUUUGUCAACAACCGUAGACAAAUCAUAGUGGUUUGGGUGUAUUUAUGGACAUGUAUGGAGAAAUUAGGUGCUAGUCACUCUUCUGACUCUCUCAGGAGUAAAAGAGUUAAAUACACAAGGAAGGAAUAUGUGUCAACUAGUUAUUUAAGACUUUAAAAAGUUAAUGUUAAUUAUGCUUUGUUUUAAGGUCAUACAGUUGGUCUGCCAAUAUAUGUGGAUGCAAAAAAUGGCUGAUUUACCCUCCUGGUCAAGAGAAAUAUUUGAAUGAUAGACUAGGUAACCUGGCAUAUGACAUCACAUCUGAUGAUAUGAGUGACAGAUGCCAAUUUCCAGAAUUUGAUAGUGCUGUAAAGCCACUUACAGUGGUACAAAGAGAGGGAGAGAUCAUCUUUGUGCCAAGGUAUUGCUGGAAUAUUGCCUUAAAUUGCUUUAUUGUGGCCUUGCUUAAUUUUAGGCAAAGAACAAGAUGAAUCCACCACAAAAAAAGCUAUAAUAGGGAGGGGAACUUUUUCAUUUAAGGUAUUUUUUAAGAAAUCAUUUUUACUCCCCAAUUUCAUUGUUGCUAGUACUUAAAACAGCACAUUUUGCCUUGUCAUUCUCAGCUUAGUAGUUUCAGAGGUUUUUUUUUUUUUUUUACAGUCCUUCCCUUACUGCUCUUUUGUGCAUAAUACACAGACUUAACCUUGGUCAGAUUUUUGAGAAAACAGUGGGUUCAAGUAGUCUAUCACACAUGGUGUAAGGUUGCUGAACUUAACCCUUUAACACCCAAGAUCUGAAUGAUAACACUCCCCUCUUGCUGCUACACAUUUCCUUGAAAAAUAAGUUAGAAGACUUUAGUGUUAGAUCAAGAUAAAAACCCUACCUGGUAAGUUUGAGUUUUCUCACUACCUGUAUACUGGAAAAAAAUAUUUAUAUUGUAUGGAAAGGUUAAAUGUUAAUAACCUUUGGGAGUUAAAAGGUUAAAUUGUUACUUUUUCAGUGGAUGGCACCAUCAAGUAAUAAACUUGGUAAGUAACACUAAAUCUCAUUUAGUGUCAGUACCUAAGUAAAUCCAAAAUGUUUUUUUUUCAUGAAUCCAUAGUCUGUAGUUGAAGGUUUAGCAUACUUUAGGGAAAUUUUGAAAAGGUUAAGUCACCCUUUAACCCUUAAACUCCCAGAUCAAAUUUGUAAGUCUCCUUCCUGUCAACCGUACAAUUUUUAUAAUGUCAGUUCAGAGAAUUUAGUAUUGGAUCAACUAAUUAUCCCUUAAUUGAUAUUUUUCUUUAUUCUCAUCACUUAUCUGGUUGAUAUUGUAUUGGUAUUGUAAGGAGAAAUUCUGUCUUGGUCACUCAUGGGAGUUAAAGGGUUAAAAUAUCAAACCAUGAACAUUAUCAUGCAUUUCAUAUUUAUACUUUUUAAUAAUAUACAUGAAAAACUCGCACUCUUCUGAUUGGCUGAAAAUGAGUGUAUUUUUCAUGUAAAACAAGUUCAAGUUGUAACAUGAGAGCAAAAUUGUGACACAAGUGUAAAUUACAAGUAGCAUGUGCGAUGUCAAAAUUUCAUCAGUCUCAAUUCUGUAAUUUUUUUUCAGGUGAAUUAUUAAUAAGAAUUGACAUGAUUUUGUGAGCAGUUUGAUGUAAAUAAGAAAUGUUAAUUUUUUCAGAAACUACAAAAUGCACUCACCCUAACAUCUUGUGCAAUUUUGUUGUCUUGGAAAAUUUUCUCAUGCCUAGUAACACCAAAUUGCACUCAAAAUCAUGUUGUUACCUAUACUAAUUGGGAUGCAUAUGGUUUCUUACUUUUAAGGAGGACACUAUAUCUAUAAAUCACAACUGGACCAAUGCUUGUGGAAUUUUUAAAAUGUGGGAACAUUUAAGAAAUGAACUGGUCAAGGUAUGUUGGAACGGUUUCCUGGACGGGGGUUGUUUUAACUGGGACCAAAGGUUAUUGAUCCUCCACACCCUAAUAUCAAUAGCCAUAUUCUCUAUACUCUUUCCUAAAAAAUUAUUUCGGUACUGACAAAGAGAAUUCGUAUAUCAAUCAAUAGUUUUGUUAGGUUGGCGAUCAUGUGAGAAUAGGUCACGCUAUUUCAUUAUGAGAGGAAAAAUAGUUGGCGAAAACAAGGACACAGGCAAAAAGUACGAGCCAGUGAAAAUAAGAUGAGGCUUUUUAUUGAGAAAUUUUGCGCGUAAUAAUCUUGUUGUGAAAAUCCCAUACAAAUCUUUAGGCUUGAUGCCAUCUUUGGUAUUGCGCGAUGUGUUUAACACGUAGUCUAUUCUCGCAAUGAGCUUGGAGCGUUAGCGAUUAUAAGUCUCAAUUUAGCUUGUCUUUUUCUACAAAUAUGGCUAAUCUAUUAUCAUUCCUCGUGGCUUAUAACCUGAUGUCUCUACACUUUGUUGGAAACUGAAAGAUACGUUAGUUAUUCUUAAUUUGGUUGACAUUUAUAAGUGAUUUCGUUUAUCUUUACCUAACCAAACAAACAUGUAUGCGGCACGUGUUUUAUCUCUCCAUAUAUGGCAUUGUUCCACGUGCUUACAACAGGACGUUCAGUGUGUGUUUCUUUCGAAUAAGUGAGAGGGAGUUAACCGAAGCGUUGUAGUAAAAUCGCUAAAUGGAGUGACACUUAUAAGGAAGUGUGAUAGAGCUUUUUCACGUUUUCGACAACUUUACUAACCUGGUGGUCUUGAAUUGGAAGCAGAUUGCGACGGAGGGUUGAAAUAAUUAACGAUUAUUCCACGAGCGCGCGUUGGAUGUGAGAUGAGAAAUAGCCAACAAGGCGCGUUUUUUAAUUCCCGCCUUUUUUCAAUACUAUGGGAGCUUAGUGAAUUUGUUCUAACUCUAAAAUUUAAAAACACUUGGCUGAAUAGAUGUCCAUAUAAGGUGAUUCGGUUUAUGAACUGAUAACCGAAGUUGAUCGAACCAAUCAGAACACUAGAAAUGCAAUAUCUGGAAUUUAAAAUUUAAUUAUUAACAAUUAUUCACCGAAGUGAAGGUGGCCAGUGGUAGAUAUUUACCGAGCUGCUAAGCGACGAGGUGAAUAUCCAACGCUAGCCACCGAUACUGAGGUGAAUAUUUUUUAAAAAAUAUAUCCAUUAAAACAGUGAGAUAAUAAAGCACAAAAAUAUGAGUUUAACUCCCUUGUUCCUCCAAAUAUUGCAAUAGUUUCGGGUACAAAUCCCGUGCGAAUUGCUUGGAGUCGAAAAGCAAAGGAUAUUCGGAUCUUGAGUAGCCAAUCUGAGUGCACCUGAAACGCUAUCCACUUUGUUAGUCUGCACCUAUAUAAAAUCCUCAUCCACUUGAUUUCUUUUGCCUCAAAAACCUCAGGAAUUUUAAUGUUUUCUCCACGAAGGUCCAGAAAAGCAUUGAAGACUGUAGAGAUAUGGAAGAUUGGCAUCAACAGUGUCAGGUAUGUUCAUGAGCGGUUAAAAACAAUCUGCGAUAAACAACAGGGUAAAACUAACUUGCACAAAAAAUUCUCAAAGUUCGAAUCUUCCAUCAAAUACUACCACCCGCACACACAAUGAUCGUUCGUGCAAUUUGCUGGCGAGCUGACACAAUUAUAAAUACCCAGGACGUGCGUAUUGAUUAUGCGCAUCAUGCAAGCUGGGUUGACUUCUUAACAAGAUGCAAGACUCCUCUCCGCCUUCUCCUUCACCAGGUAUUUGUUUCGCUCUGACGAAGGGCUAACACCCGAAACGUCGGCUUUAUAAACUCUUUACCAACCAAACUAUCUUGUUAUACCCCCUACUGACACAGCACCACAGUUUGUAGAGAAGCUUAUCCCCUUUAUUCAUUUGUUUAUCUGAAUUGGAAACAAGGUCGCUCUGUUUCUAUUCUUGUGUGUUUGGAUUUCAUCAUUAAAAACCUUGGUUUGACGCACAGAACUGUUAUUUUAUAUGGUUAGACAUAAGUUGGUAGAAAUUUGUCGUUCAUAUUUCUCGUAAACUUAAUCAGCCUUGUUCGCAGAGCCUCCUGUUUUCUACUCUAAGCGUUCAAAAACAUUGCUGAAGACGGGUAAUGGGGAAGCUGGUUUAACCCUUGAACCCCUAAGAGUGUCUGGCUUCUAAUUUCUCCUUACAGGAUCACCCUUGAAUCCAAAGUUAUGGUCAUGAGAAUAAAGGAAAAGAUCACUCAGUUUAAGAAGCUCCUGAUUGUCAAACAAAUUCUCCCUGUUAGUAACAUAGCAAUUUUAAGAGAACAGUGUGGAGAAUAUGAAAGCUAAUGUUUGGAUACAACUGUCGCUUUAAGCUAAGACUUUUGGUUACAGGUUUGUUUUGUUCGUUCAGGUGAUUCUACGAGCAAGUUGUGGAAUAAAUUAUGAAGAAUUCGUAGAGUUUCUUGACUUGAUAGCCAGACAAAGAUUAAGGACCAUUCAAGAAAAGAAGACAGGUACGCCAAGAGAACUCAAAGACAUGGACAGUCAAGCGCGUUCCACAGAAACAGGCUCAGAAAUCUCUGUAUUUCAGGAUUGGAGCAGGUCUAUCCGCUUUCUAGAAGAACAGGAGCAGUGCUCUGUAAUGAACUACUGUCGAUACGAUCUUAUAAAAGUGAAAGAGUGUCUUGUAAACUUAAAGGAUGAACAUUCGUUUAUAGAAAUGCAAAGUAGAGACCUUCAGCUCAGAAUUGACGCACUUUUGCAAGAUAUCUCAGUAACUCUGGAGAAUGCCAGCGGUCGAUCUCCACAAGAGAACGGUGGAAUCGGUUUUGCCCUUUGAAGUCAAUGGCCUGCGAGCAAGUCCUCGUCAGUAGUGUUGCAGGACGCGCAUUUCUUUGCCCACGGGAAGAUUGGAGACGAGAGAGAGAGAGGUUUCAUUAUUUGUGUCAGACUCCCAACAGACCCCUGGCCGGCCUGCCUUACUCAAGGACGCAGACUUUCCCGCGGGCUGAAAAACGCUUUUGUCGCAGCGUUGAUAAUGAAGGCUUCCUUGCAUACUCUUGCACAUAAGGAUAAGAUUUAAACAAAACGAAGUGACUCGAAAAUGGAAGUAAAAAUUGCUGGGCAAAUUUAGACAUAAUUUUUUUUCUGGCUGUUGUUGUCUUUGUUAUUGUUGUUUGUUUAGAUUUUUUUUGAGCGAGUAUUUCUAUUUUGAAGUUUGAUAAAUGCUACGCUGACUUGUGUCAAUAGGGAUCAUGUAGACAUGUAUCAUGUACUUGGCGCUGACAUGAAGGUUGCACAAUGGAAAAUGGCUUCUAAUGAAGAAUUUACGUAAUCAGAAUGGGAAUGAUCCAGGUAAAAUAAUCACUUUCAGUUCGUACUCUUUAGUUCAGAACAGGUGGGUACUCACCUUAGCACACCGACAAACCGAUGGGUUUGCAGCUUCCGUAACAUGUUCUGGCGAUUUCCGUAUGUCUCUAGUCGCCUUUUUAUGUAGCAUAAGUGGUCGUAGGAGAGUAACUUCCAUGAAUAAUACCCUAUUCACACCAAAGUUUAAACACGUUUUUUGAAAGCUGUCUUGUGAAACACGGCUUAAACCGAUGUUUUUCGACAUCAAAUGUAGCACAUUGAGUCUACAAGUUAGCAAAUACUUGAAUCCUAUAGAAAAUUCAGUUUUUUCAGUUCUCUGUUUCUGAUAGACAUUCAAUCAAACCCUGUUAAUGGUAAUACUGGGGGAUUUUUCACGGUAGCCAGUUCCAGGCCCUCAGUUAUCAGGGCGAGUUAAAGUUAUGCAGAAGCUGAUCGGAAGCAUAGUCCAGGAACUAACAGAGCCGGCUACAAGCAAAUCUAGAGUAAAAAUAUAGCUGAAUUUACUCUUAUAGAAAAAAAAUAAUGAUUGUUCUAAGGGAGAGUAAUAUAUGUAUACAGUCAGCGGCAAGUUUCAUUUCUUUCAGGUCUUCACUUGAUAUUUCCUUGCUAAUAAACUUGCGUUUUAAGAUUUCCAUCAACAAAACCCAGGAAACUUGCCAAAAGAAAGAAAAUAUGCCAGAUUACAGGUAGUUUAACGGUAAUUAAAGCGUGG